AUGACGGAUGACGCCGAUAAAGAGAAACCCAUACCGACAGAGACCGAGCUGGGUAUUGCUCAUCAGGAGUACCAGAUUAACAAAAAAGAGUGGGAGGAGCUGUACGUGGAGGUGCUGUACACCAUCGAGCACAAGCUGGGCUGCUCGGGCGGCGUCAGCCCCGGCGAGCUGCACGCGUACGCCCAGUCGGCGUUCGGCAUGCCCCUCGACAGCCACCGCCGCCUGCUGGGGCUCGCCCGGGAGGAGAAGCCGCCCAUCCCCGUGCUCAACGUGACCGUGGUCGAGGCACAGGGGCUCGAGGCCAAGGACCCGAACGGAUACAGCGACCCGUACUGCAUGCUCGGGAUACAGCCGUGCGGCAACUCGGACCCCCAGAGGCGCCGGCGUCGCAGUAGCAGCGCCACGAGCGGGUGCGGCUCAGACGAGGAGCCGGCCACCGGGGGCCGCUCUCCCGCCGGCAGCGCCACCGGAUCACCGCGGCGCUCGCUGCGUAAGCUGGGCGCGUCGUUCAAGAAGCGCGAGCCCCGAAGCGGCUCCCUGGAGGGAGCCACUGUGCCGGCCAAGUUCAUCCGCACCACGACCGUCAAGCCGGCGACGCUCAACCCGCGCUGGAACGAGCGGUUCCGGCUGGACAUCGACGAUAUUUACACGGAUCGACUUCACCUCGACGUCUGGUGAGUUCGUCUGAAAAGCAGCCUGACUUUCAGGAAAAAUCCUUGGGUCUGUC